AUGAACUCUAAAAGUUUGAGUGGGCGGAUAAUGCAAAAGCUCAAAAUGAAUUCAAAUAUGAAGAGGUAUCAACUUUAAAGUCCAGCCAUGAAGAAUUAAGUCAUUUUUAAAGAGCAAAACAGUGUUAUUUAAGAAGUCACUGAGGAAAAUAAAGCAUUUGAGGAAUCAAAGAAUAAUGAUUCUGUUUUAAAUUCCAGUACACUGAAUCAUUCUCAAGUACAGUUAAAGGAAGAAAAUAAAGAGGAAAUUUUUAAUAAAAAGUCAACUUUUCAUCGUCCUCAUCAUAGUAGAGUGAGAUCAACAGGGUCCGAGCUCUCUGUAUUUACUAACUCAUUUGCUUUAGGAAGUACAAUGAACAAAGAUCAGAAUAGCUUAAAAAAUGAGGGAACACUUACAAGUAGUAUUUUUAGUACUAGAAAUCUUAUGAAUAGUUUUCACUUUCGAGCUAGAUCUGUUUCUAAAACACCGUUAGGGUAAAAUCAAAUGUCAACUGCAGAUUAAUAGCAAAUUGUUUCUUAAUUAUCAAAUGUUGGAGGAUUUCUUUCAAAUUUGAUAGGUGGAAAUGGAUUACAGAGAACUUAGAGAAGUAGCAAUUCCAUAUAGCCAAAUUCUUUGCUCGAAUAAUAAAAUGGUGUUAAAAUGGGAGCCUUCAAAUUUGGUGAUUCAUCCAUUGCUGCAAAGUUUAAUGAACAAAAAAUGAGAUCAUUGACAAAUAGCAGAAUUUGCUUAGAAAAAUUGGGACCUGAACUGCUGCAGCCAAAUAUUAUACUGAGUUCUGAUAGUCCAAUAUGCGAGCCUUGCAAAUGCAUGGGAUCAAUUAAAUUCAUCCAUAAAGAAUGCUUGAAGGAGUGGGUAAAAUGGGCUAAUGAAAACAAUCUCAGAGUUAAUCCAAAUGAUCCUACUUAAUUUGAGCUUUAGGUUAUGUAAUUUAACAAGAAAUAUAGACUUUCAAAAAUUUUAAUUCUAGCAAUGCUCUUGUUAUUUAUAUUAGUCUUGAUGGUAGACCUACUCUCAGCACCUCUCAGAUAUAAUGUGAACAGUGAAGUGAUAAGCUAAGGUUUAGCAUCUGAUACGUUCGGAGAGGUAAAUCGAUUGACUUUGAUUACAAUUUAAGAUGAUGUAAACGACAUUUUUGCUGAUGAAGAGAUGCCAAGAUUCAAUAAAUUUAAUGUGGACUAUGAAGAGUAAAAGGUUAGCUCAAACAAUAUUAACAUUAGCAAAGAUAACAAUAAACAACCCGUUGCAGGAGUGAUACCUCCUGUCAGACUAUCUUGA